AUGACGUCCAUGCUGUUCCCUCAGCCAGGCUCAGCUGUGCGGACACAGGACCUCUACAUCAUCCUCCCAAGAAACCAGAUCCUUCUUGGACCCUGUCAGGAAGGCAGCCAAGGUCCGCCUGCAGGAACUUUCCCCAACAUCACGAGGAAUGCCAUUGUCAACUGUGCUGAGAUGGUGACCUAUGACGUCAUCAAGGAGAAGCUGCUGGACUAUCACCUGUUUACCGACAACUUCCCCUGCCACUUUGUCUCUGCCUUUGGAGCCGGUUUCUGUGCCACAGUGGUGGCCUCCCCAGUGGACGUGGUGAAGACCCGGUAUAUGAACUCGCUCCCAGACCAGUACCGCAGCCCCCUGGACUGUAUGCUGAAGAUGGUGGCCCGGGAGGGUCCCUCAGCCUUCUAUAAGGGAUUUACACCCUCCUUUUUGCGACUGGGAAUCUGGAACGUGGUGAUGUUUGUAACCUAUGAGCAGCUGAAACGGGCCUUGAUGAACGUCCAGAUGCUACGAGAAUCUCCGUUUUGAAUAGGUCAGGCCACUUGGAUGCAACUGGAACAAAAUCAGUUAAGAAUGGAAUAAAACAGUGGGUCCACGCACACGGGCACAGACCCACACAUGUUUACAGAACUGUUUACUUGCUGAUGACUCAAGAAACAGAAGGAGAAGAGGAGGAAGGAGUCUGGUCUUCAGUGCGUUGUCUUUUUCUUUUUUUUUUCUUUUUUUCUUUUCUUUUU